AUCAUGGCUGCAUGGCUGUCCCAGAGUAUAGUGAAAAGGAAGGGCAGUUUGCUGCUGCGUUGCCCUAUCGCCAUGGUCCAAGUGUGCUCCAGAGGGCCGGUUAGCACCUUCCCUUCCCUGGGCGCCCUGCCUGUCCUCCAGGACAAGCCUCGGACAGUAAAAGACCUUCCACACGUCAGCUUCUUGGAGCUGCUUUACAGAAUGGUGUUUCAGGGUUUCUACAACCGUUUGCAUGAGCUCCAGAUCUAUGAGAAGCAGCGAUAUGGGCCCAUAUAUAGAGAUGGACUAAAAUUGGUGUCUGUGAACACUCCAAAGCUACUGGAGGAAGUCUUGAGGAACGACGACAGCUUCCCUUGCCGAGGAGACAUGUCCCUGUGGAAAGAUGUUCGAGAUAUGAAAGGAUUCGGCUAUGGGCCUUUCACAGGAGGGGUUUUCCUGAGGGCGACACUGAACAAGUGCAUGCUGCAUCCAAAGGACUCUGCCCAGUAUGGUGGGGUAAUCAAUGAUGUGGUUACAGACUUCACCAAGAGGAUUUACUACCUGCGCCAGUCCAGUCCAACAGGAGACCUAGUGACCAACAUGGCCAAUGAGCUCUAUCAAUUUUCACUGGAGGCUAUCGCGUCCAUUCUCUUUGAGACUCGACUUGGGUGUCUGGAGAAGGAAAUCCCUGCAGGUACGCAAGACUUCAUCAGCUCCAUAACCCAGAUGUUCUCCAACAGCAUGGCUGUGAUGGUGAUGCCCAGGUGGAGUCGCAACCUGCUGCCCUACUGGGGACGUUACAUUGCUGCCUGGGAGAGCAUCUUCAGCUUCGCUAAAACGUUGAUUGACAAGAGGUUGGAGGCAAUCCAGCAGCAAGUGGACAACAACAAGGGUAGAGGGGGUGAAUACCUAACAUACCUCCUCUCGAACACUCAGAUGAGCAGUAAGGAUGUCUGUGGUAGCAUUGCUGAGCUUCUUUUAGCUGGCGUGGACACAACAUCCAAUACCCUCACUUGGACUUUGUACCUGCUGUCCAAGAACCCUGAAAUCCAGGAAACACUUUACAAAGAAGUGUCCACAUUUAUACCAGCUGACCAGAUCCCCUCUGCUGAAGAGAUCACUCGGAUGCAAUAUUUAAGGGCUGUUAUUAACGAAGUACUGAGGAUGUACCCUGUGGUUCCCCUGACUGCAAGGAUCAUAACAGAAAAGGAUGUUACCAUCAGUGGAUAUCAGUUUACAAAGAAAACUACAUUUGCAUUUUGUCACUAUGCCAUCAGUCAUGAUGAGGACACUUUCCCAGAACCGUUCACGUUUAGGCCAGAGAGAUGGCUCCGUGAUGGCCGUGAGAGGCCAUACCCCUUUGGGUCUAUCCCAUUUGGCUUUGGAGUGAGAAGCUGUGUUGGUCGUCGAAUUGCUGAGCUUGAGAUGUAUAUGGUUCUGUUUAGGGUAAUCAGGCUGUUUAAAAUCAAACCAGACCCCACAAAGGGAGACUUAAAAAGCAUCAGCCGCACUGUUCUGGUGCCUGACCAACCACUAAACCUACACUUUGUGGACAGAGGAUGCACAAACACAGCUUGAGUUGCGUUUGCAGAUUGAUUUGAAUGUAAAUGUAGCAUACAAAUGAAAGAAUGGUAAAUAUUUUAAAGAAUGCCUGGUAAAGCAACACUACGUAACAUUUUUACAUUAAAAUAAGAGUUUCAAAAUCACUUCGAUGGCAGACAUGACUUCUAAAACGGUGAAUCCCAGGGUACACAGAGACAUCUAAUUGACUAACCUUUUCUUUGUACUUUUGUCAGUUAAAUAAAUGUUCAAGCGAAUCAACAAAUCACAGAUUUUAGAUUUUAUUUCAGUUCGGAAAAUGUCCCAGCUCCUCUUGAAAUGGGGUUUGCACU